AUGCAGAUUGCGAAAGAAUGCGCGGAUACGAAGGUGAAGCAAAUAAUUGAAGAAGAUUUUUAUAUGGAUGAUCUUCUUACGGGGGCAGACACAAUAGAAGAGUGUCUCCAGCUUCGAUUCAAAAUAUCAAGGCACUUAGAGGGUUAUGGAUUCCAUCUCAGAAAAUGGUGUUCAAACAAUGAACACAUUGUGAAAUCAUCGAAAGAAGACAAGGAGAACGAAAUAAUAAACAUCAAUGAAACCACUAAUGUAAAAACCCUGGGACUUCAGUGGAAACCGAAGGAAGACGAAUUUCGAUUUAAAAUAUCGGAAUACCCAGCGGAGAGUACAACAAAGAGGCUGGCUUUAUCAUAUCUAGCAAAAAUAUUUGAUCCGCUUGGGUUGCUGACACCAGUCAUAAUAACGGCGAAGUUGUUUAUUCAGAGUUUAUGGUUGCUAGAGAUGCAAUGGGACCAGAAAAUCGAUGGAGAUUUGGAGAUCAGCUGGAAAGAAUUCGUGACACGUAUUUCGUCUCUACAAGACGUUAAGAUACCUAGAUGGCUAAACUCUUCAUCCGAAAGUAAAAUUAAAAUUUUGGGAUUUGCGGAUGCAUCAGAGAAGGCCUAUGCAGCAGUGGUUUAUAUUAAAACCGAUAAAGGAGUUUCCUUGAUGGCUGCAAAAAGCAAAGUAAACCCGAUUAAAAACAAAAAGACGCUUCCGAAAUUAGAGCUGUGUGCAGCCUUCCUAUUGGCCAGGCUGCUAAAUAGAAUAAUUAGUGUGGUCAAAGCCGAAUCGGAAGUUUAUGCCUGGAGUGACUCCACAAUUACACUUGCUUGGAUUGAAAAUAACAAGAGCAAAGAUAAAUUUAUAAGGUCACGAGUAACCGGCAUAAAAAAUUUGGUAUCUCAGGCGCAGUGGCGGUAUGUAAAGUCAAAAGAGAAUCCAGCAGACUUGGGGUCAAGAGGCGUGUCCCCAGAUAAACUUGUAGACUCAAAGCUAUGGUGGGAAGGUCCCCAGUGGCUACUGUUGCCGGAGGCGGAAUGGUCUCUAACCCCUCCAGAAUUGAAGACAUGCGCUUCCACGGCUUCCAAGGAAGCACCUACCUUAUUGAACGAUUUGAUAGAAAGGUAUUCAUCAUAUGGAAGACUUCUAAGAGUUUACUCUUACAUCUUGCGGUUUGUUGAAAAACUGAAGGGAACCCGAUCCUUCCCGUCAUAUCUAACGAGAGAGGAGUUGUUAAAGGCGGAGAAAUACAUCGUUAAAGGUCAUCAGAAGAUAGAAUGGCCAAGUGAGGUACAAAAACUAAGAGAUAACAGACAGAUGGAUCAUCGACACAAGCUGGCUAAUUUGCACCCGUACCUAGACGAAGAGGGGGUUUUAAGAGUUGGAGGUCGACUUCAGUACUCUGAUUUGCAGCUAGAUCAAAAACAUCCUAUGAUCAUUCGAAAAUCACGGCUGGCCUAUUUAAUUAUACGAGACACCCAUUACAAGACGAUGCACGGAGGAAAUCGCCUAGUAGAAUGUACCGUGAGACGAAAAUUCUGGAUAAUUAAUGUGAAAAACUGUAUAAAAAAGGUUAUACGAAGCUGUCCGGUGUGCAUCCGUUAUAGGCAACAAAACACGCAGCAACUAAUGGGAAUUCUUCCAGACUAUCGUGUCAAAGUUUCAUUUCCAUUUUAUCACUGCGGAGUCGAUUAUGCAGGACCGGUUUCGAUGAAGUUUUCAAGUGGUAGAGGACAAAGGUCAUUUAAAGGAUACAUAGCUGUGUUUAUUUGUAUGACCACAAGAGCGAUUCAUUUGGAGGCGGUCAGUGGCCUUACUAUCGAUGCAUUCAUGGCAGCCCUUAAACGGUUUUUUGCAAGAAGAGGAAAAAGUGCACAUAUAUAUUCGGAUAAUGGCACUAAUUUCGUUGGAGCAGCCGGUCGUCUGGAAAAGGAGUUUCAGAAAGUCGUUAGGCAGAACGCUGAUCUAGCAGAAGUUUUAGAAAACCACUUAGUUAAGUGGCAUUUUAUCCCGCCAGCAAGUCCUCACUUCGGAGGUUUGUGGGAGGCUGCGGUCAAAUCGAUGAAAUAUCAUUUAAAAAGGAUUAUUGGAGAAACCAAAAUGACGUAUGAGGAGAUGAGCACACUUUUAGCUCAGAUAGAGGCGAUAUUAAAUUCAAGGCCUAUGUGCAGCAUGAGUGAAGCGGACGAAGGUUUGGAGGUACUUACCCCUGGUCAUUUUUUGGUUGGACGGCCAUUGAUAGAGGUGCCAGAGUCAAUCAACGAUAGUGCUAUUGGUUGUCUGGAUAGAUGGAAGCUGGUGCAAAGAAUGAAGAAGGAUUUCUGGAGCAGCUGGAGCAAUGAUUAUUUGGUCACAUUGCAACAAAGAUAUAAGUGGAAGACAAGUAGGAAAAAUCUUCAGGAAGGCCAGGUGGUAAUUAUAAAAAAUGAGGAAACGCACCCAGCGAGAUGGCCUUUGGCAAGGAUUACCCAGGUUCACCCUGGUAAAGAUAGCUUGGUGCGAGCGGUGACGGUAAAGACAGCUUCAAAUAUAAUGAAGAGACCUGUAAAUAAGAUAUGUCCUUUGGAGAACGUGUCGUCUGUCCAGGACAAUCGGGAUGUGACUCAUGUAAACUACACCAGAGUCGAGAAGAAGGUACGAUGGAAAAUGUCGCACAUUUGGGCUCUACUUUUAAUCUAUAUUGGCUGCAUUAGAUCGGAUCCUAUACAAAUUGGAGCUUCGUUGAAAGAAAUUAAAGAAUCUGCCAUAAUUUACCUGGACCACGUCGGAUCGGUGGAUGUUGUCUCAUCAAAAUGGAAUCUACUUGUUUAUUAUGACAUGGAGCCAUUUUUUGGGGUGAUUGAGAAGGCAAAUCCUUUGGUGAAAGAUAUGAGGAUGACUUGUGGGAAGCUGCAAACAUUCGAACCACAAUGUAAUUAUAUAUUGAAUACAAUAGAACGCCAGCUACUGAACAUGGAACAAACGAACAAGUAUCUCUUUCCUCUAAUAACCAAGAGGUCGAAACGCGCGCCACUGGAGUUCAUCGGAUCUCUUCAACACAUUCUUUUCGGGACUAUGGAUGCAGAGGAUAGAAAGGCAAUGGAGCUAAACAUGAAAAAUCUAUUAGAUAACCAGUAUAACCUGAAGUUUCUGGUGAAGCAGCAAACAUCAGUGGUGGAGUCAACAAUUAACAUUCUUCGCAGGACUACAGAUGAAGUUAAUCAGAACUUCAAAAGUAUAGUAGACCGGGUAGACAAUAUCACGGAAACAGUGAAAGAAGAAUACUUUGUAUACCGUGAAUCAACUAAGUUCUUUAUGGUCGUUAAGGAACUUCAAAUUAUAGUAGAAGAGAACGAAAGGGUUCAACUGCAAAUGCUGGCGUUGUUAAUUGAUAUUAAUCAUGGGAAAUUAAACCCGUCCUUGAUUACGCCUAUACAACUGCAAGAGGAGAUAAAUAAAAUUCGGGAAUAUAUUCCAGACCACUUGAAGCUACCAGGAACAGCAGAGAAUCAGCUACGCAGCAUAUAUAAAUUGCUAAAGGCUAAGGCAUCGGUCAUAGAGAAUCGCUUAGUGGUGUCCGUCUGGAUUCCUCUGUUUAGUGACCAGGUGUCUCAACUUCAUGAGAUGAUUGGCGUGCCGUUUGAGAGACUAGGAAGAAGAUUGAUACCAGUCCUUCGGAGUGAUUACAUCAUUUAUAAUUUUAAAAUGGACGCUUAUCAUCUGUUCUCGGAGUCUGAAUUAAACAAUUGCCAAACCUUUGGCGAUGAAGAGUACGUCUGCGAUGGAGGGUGGCCCUGGAUAGAUGCUAACGAUCAAUCUUGUGAGACAUCUCCUCUAAAACCUCGCAUCAAACCAAGCUGCAAGUUUGAUGACUUUGCUGCGGAUUCAUUUUGGAAGAAAUUGGCGCUAGUAAACAGCUGGAUGUUUAAAGUUUUCAACCAGACAACGGGACAUAUUCAAUGCUCGAGCCGCUCACAACGAAUAAUAGAGUUACCCCUGCAAGGCGUCUUGGAAGUGGAACCUGGCUGCACCGUUAGAACCCUAGGAACAACAAUCACUGCGCCGUUAAGCCUCCAGUCUAGUCGAGAUGUAGAAGAUAGAGUGAAUUUCACAGCAGACUUAGCUCAGAUUGAAGAAUUUAACAUGCUUCCUUUGGGACCAAUGAUUAUCAAUCACACCCGCCAAGUUGAUGAAGUGAUGACGAAGCUUAGAGAUGUCCAGAAAACAAAUGUCGAUCUAAGGGGCUUGCAGUUUCAUCAUAUGAGUGGUCAUGCUGCUCUUAUUUUAGUUAUUCUCAUAAUAAUAAUAUUAGCGAUAUGUUUUAUUAAGAAGUUUAUUCAAAGGCAAAAUGUAUCAGAUUUAAAUUUUUAG